UAUCCCCUCCCCAUUCUGUCACACAUUUUGCCCCCCUCCAGUUCUUCUCCUCUCUCGUCUUCUCUCCUCUUGCCUGCUGAUUCGCUCUUCUUUUCCUCUGACACUCUUCUCAGCAUUUCCCAGAUUGCCUUUAGAGAGGCUACACCCGCAAAGACGGCAGUAGUAUGUCCAUUGUGAGCAUCAUUGCCAGGGAAAUCCUGGACUCCCGGGGAAAUCCUACAGUGGAAGUCGACCUGAGGACUGAAAAGGGACUCUUCAGGGCAGCCGUACCUAGUGGAGCAUCCACCGGCAUUUAUGAAGCUCUGGAACUCCGAGAUGGAGACAAGAAUCGCUUUAAGGGCAAAGGUGUACUAAAAGCUGUCAGCCACAUCAAUGACACUCUUGGACCUGCACUCAUUGCAUAUGAGAUCAGUGUGGUGGAGCAGGAGAAACUCGACAACAUGAUGAUUGAGAUGGAUGGUACAGAGAACAAAUCCACGUUUGGUGCCAAUGCCAUUUUGGGAGUUUCCCUGGCCAUCUGCAAGGCUGGUGCAGCAGAAAAGGAUAUCCCUCUGUAUCGUCACAUUGCUGACUUGGCUGGAAACACAGAAUUAGUGUUGCCAGUUCCUGCCUUUAAUGUGAUAAAUGGUGGAUCCCAUGCUGGUAACAAGCUGGCCAUGCAGGAGUUUAUGGUGCUGCCUGUAGGUGCAGAAUCAUUUCGCGAUGCUCUGCGUGUGGGGGCAGAGCUCUAUCAUACGCUGAGGGGUGUGAUCAAGGAGAAAUAUGGUCAGGAUGCCACUAACGUGGGAGAUGAGGGAGGAUUUGCACCAAACAUCGUAGAAAACAGUGAAGCCCUUGAGUUGAUAAAGACUGCCAUAGACCAGGCUGGUUUCACUGAUAAGGUUGUGAUUGGAAUGGACGUGGCCGCCUCCGAGUUCUACCGAGAUGGAAAGUAUGACCUGGACUUCAAAUCACCGUCAGACCCUGACAGACAUAUCACUAGUGAGGAGCUCUUAGAGAUCUACCAGAGUUUUGUCAACAACUAUCCAGUGGUGUCCAUUGAGGAUCCCUUUGAUCAGGAUGAUUGGGCAGCCUGGACCCACAUGACUGCUUCUGUGGGGAUCCAGAUAGUGGGUGAUGACCUUACGGUGACGAAUCCAAAGAGGAUAGAGAAGGCAGCAGAGGAGCGUGCAUGCAACUGCCUACUCCUCAAGGUCAAUCAGAUCGGCACGGUCACAGAGGCCAUCCAAGCGUGUAAGCUGGCCCAGGCAAAUGGCUGGGGUGUGAUGGUGAGCCACCGCUCUGGGGAGACAGAGGACACAUUUAUCGCAGACCUUGUAGUGGGGCUGUGCACUGGCCAGAUAAAGACUGGCGCUCCUUGUAGAUCUGAGCGCCUGGCCAAAUACAACCAACUGAUGAGGAUUGAGGAAGAGCUUGGUGAUCAAGCGCGAUUUGCUGGCCAUAACUUCCGGAACCCCAGUGCCCUGUAAAAGCACUGCCAGCUGCGCAAAGUCCACACAAUACCUGACACAACAUGCACCGACCAAGUAUGACUGUACUGAAAAACAGUUAAAAAAAAAAAAAAAAGAAAAAAAAAGACAAUGCACUAUAGCAACUGACAAUAACUGUUUGCUACACCUACUGAUUCAAGAGAUGUAAUACAAAUCAAGACAGAUGGAACAGAUGAUGCCCAUGUGCAGGACAGACACACAAAAACAAUAUGCACUCGACUGGACUGACUACAAAGCAACAGAGCCAAUAAUUUGCAUGGCAGAAAUCCAGACAGUGAAUUUAUGCAAACAGAAUGGCUUGAAAAGGCAGGUUAGGUGAGGUUUGGUGACAUACACUUGCACACAAUGACCUGAGACAAUGAGUGAGAAAGUAUAACAGAACAUGGUAGGGCUACUUCUGAUUAAAUACAGAACAAAAUCUUACUUUAUUUGAACAGAAUUUAGUGGAUGUUGUUUAUAUUAGAGAAAAUCUUAAUAAGUUAUAAGAUAAUAAGUUAUCUUUAAGGGAUGGCGUUCUACAAAAAUGCAUUUUUAACCUAAUUUUCCUCCAACCUCAGGUGUUACAGAUAAUACAUUGCUCCAGCCUAUUCAGUGUUACUGAUUUACCUAUUUUGAAGUGUGAUCUACUGCAGAGAGACUCAAAUGAAAUGGUGGGUGGAGGGUGGGUUGAUGGGCCAAACUAACUCAAUGUAUAAGGAAAAGUUAUCAAUGCUUCCAUUGUGUUUAAAUUGUCCAAGAGGAAUUGUGCUGAUGUUGACUGAACUGCUCAUCCCCAGAACAAAUGUACUUAAAGCCAAAAACCAAUUCUGUCAGGACUUUUACUUUGAGGACUCAAGUGUGUUCGUGAAAAUGAUUGCAAACCUGAUUGUGAACCAGCCUGCAACUCCAUGUGCCCUGGUUCAUUAGCUGAAGUUGUGUGCAGGCCUACCAUAGCAGGAAGAGAGACCUGAGGUCCAGCCAUGUCAGAGAUGGACAGCCAUCGAUGGUACAUGGUGGGGCAGAAGACAAAAGAUUCUGAAGCACAAAGUCAAAGCAACAGAGAUGGACACCCACAGACAGGACUUGCCUGCCAGAGAGAUGGACAGUCAGGCAUGCUUACACUGACAAUUGCACCUGUGUACGUGAACGAGUGCGUGCGUGCGCGCACACACACACACACACACACACACACACACACACGUGUGGCAGUCUUUCACCCCUUCACUCUAGCAUGAGUGCACUUUUAACCCCUUCUUCCCACCCACCCAUCCAUCCCACUCCACAACCAUGCCCUUUCUGGUCAUUAUGUUGUCAAGUCUAUAAUCAUGACUGGGGUAGGGAUUUAUUCCUCCAUUCUUGAGUUCCCCCACAUAUUUGUCUGUGGAGUCACCAUGGACAGAAGAGAAAAUAAAAAACAAAAACAACUUGCUUGCCAUAAAUUAAUGCCAUGAAAUAAAAUAGUAAUUUACUUCCA